UUUGAUAUCCACGGCUUUUAUGUCGUUUCUAUUCGAUGUAUUUGCAUUGGAAAGUAUUAAAAAGUAGUUGGCUGUUUUCUCGUGCAUAAUUCAAGACAAUGUACAGUACUAACUUUCUAGUUAUAACAACAUAAUGAAUGCUUUGUUAGUGCUGCUCUAGUCUAGGCCCUUCCUGAUGCUAGUGCUAGAUAGAGGCAUACUACGUUGUAAGGAAGUAGUCUAGCGUAGCCAGACCAUACACACCUACACAAGUGCAAUACAGUGACCCGCCUGGCCUGGUCAGAUUACAGCCUGCCUGGAGUUUUAUAUCACAAUGUCUGCAGGAGUAGAUGACCCGGCAUUAGUCGCAAAUGCGACAGCCAAUCGCCUGGCUGCACAGGUCUUUGAAAAGUAUGAGAGAUUUGAAGCCCAAGAACUUCUUGCACAUACAUCCUAUCAUUGGCUGCUUUCAGCCGAAGAACACAGGCUUCAAGUCGACACACCGCAAGGCCUUGUGUUGUCGAUGCAGCCAUUCUCACAGAAUAACUGCGUAUUUGCUGUCCCGGUCGAUGCCACUGCUGAGCCUUGGGAUUUCCGUGAGAUACAUCAGAUCGUACGCGAGUUGGUGAUUGGAAUCUACGGAUUGAAUCAGGUUCCAAGCAUUUGUCUUGAAGCGAACUUUGACCAAGGAACAGCUUGCCAUAUCCCGCCAGCCUAUAAUGACACUCGCAUCGGGCAGCUGUUUAUAAACGUUGACUACAUGAUGAAAGCUUUGUGGCAUGGCUCAUUCUUUCCUAAGGAUAAAAGGUACAAGUUUGCUGAGCGAUGGCGCUCUAACUUAGAUGUCAAUUCACAAGGUGUGCCGGAAACAAAGAAGACAAUACUUAAUGAGUUUUUAUUGGCAGGUAUGUUGGACAUUACCAAGGAUCCAGACUUUACUGGUAUCUAUGACAACAUGAAGCUGUUUCCAAUGAGCAUACAUGAUGCAAACAUGGACAAAAAGCUCUUUAUGAGCUAUGUGAAUGAUAUGUCCGUGCAGAUGAUACUGAGACACCAGAACGUCUACCAGCAUCACAACAUGUUCCUCUACGAUGGAACUCAUAAUGUAACAAGUGUUAUCAAGUUGGAUGAAAAAAGAAUUGAUCGUGACACAUAUGAGCGACUGCAAACAAGAUUGCAAGCUCACUUGGAUGUUAUCGAGAACAACAUGCAGAACAAAGCUGAAAUUCGCAGACAGUUGCAGCUCCUCCAUUUUGUUUGCUUCAUGACUUCGUUCCUAAUCGCAAUGAGACGGCGCAACAAAGUACCAGACAUCCACAGGCUUCUGCCACCAUUGCUAGCUGACGACUGCAAGACAGAACGUGAACUCCCUCCCCUGAUGAUUGGACCAGAUUUUAAAUGUAAAAACUUUGAUUUUGGAAAGGAAUAUUUUCAUUUACACGGAGGCAUCCAGAUGGACAUUGAGACGGAUGAAAUCCGAAAGCCCAGCGAGGAGUUUGUUGAAUCUUACGAGGAGAUUGAACUGGAAACCAUGCAGCACUUGGCAGACGUAACAGACCCAGACACACCGUACCAUGAGCACCACAACUUACCGAUCAAAACAAUCAAUGGGAAAUCAUAUUACAUUUUUGCAAUGGAUUUUGAAACCUAUUAUCCAGUAGCUCCACCACAACCUUUGUGGCUUCAUGCAGUUUAUGACCGGAUCAAAGACAUGAAGCCAAGGCGUCUCCCUCUUACUGAUGUUCACCUACACGAACAAUUCAAGAAGAAAUAUGGCUUAAAACAGGCAAUAAAAUUCAAGAAUAUCCAGGAAGGCUUAAAAAUAUGUGCAAUACGCGGACUAGUUGCCGCGUUUCAAACCCUUGCCCGUAAGGUAGCAGCUUCGAGGCUUGGCAAGCAGGAUGAAUUUGGACUAUCAUUACUCCACUAUGCUGCCCUCAAUAAUCGACCCCAGAUAAUCCAGCUGCUUCUGAUUCAAGGUCAAGAUAUAAAUGUUCGCCGUAAUUAUAACAUUACUUCCGUCGGUGAUGAUAUUUGUGGUGGAGAUGAUAUUGAUAAUGAUAAUGAUAAUGAUGACUUGAAACAGAGUGGCCCUACUCCCUUACACUUAGCCUCAAGAUGCGGAGCACUUGAAGCCGCCUUAUGUUUGAUUUGUAACCAUGCGGACACAACCAUGGGGGAUCCAGAUGGUUGGGCUGCCAUACAUCAUGCGGCCUUCUUUGACCAUGCCACAAUAAUGAGACUUAUUAUUCGCAAAUUUGAAGAUCAAACAGAAUUACAAACUUACGAUAAACUACGUCAAACGCCACUGCUGUUGGCAGCAAGCAGUGGUGCCCUUGAGUCUGUGAAGAUUCUUAUUCAGUUGGGAGCUAAUAUCAAACGGCGUGACACCGAAGGAAACAACAUGGUACAACUGGCGGCUUUGCGAUUCCACACCAAUGUCCUGGAGCACUUCAUCAACUGGAACCAUCCAGAUGCACCUGUUUGGAAGACACUAGUGGGAAUGUUGACAUCAAACGACUUUGUGAAGAUGGACAGUGCUGUGCGAUCACUUGAAGUUCUCACAACAUCUUGCAAUACAUACGGCAAGUCCAUUCUUGAAGCAGAUGGCAUUCCAGCUCUUGUAAACCUGCUGAGGUUAAAUUCUGAUGAGAUGCAGUCAUUAGCUGGUGCUGUUCUCUGCAACAUCUCCCAUCUGGAAGAUAUCCGCAGAGCAAUUGCGGGAGCCGAUGCUAUUCCUAUCCUGGUGAAACUACUUGGCUCCCCAUUGGACGAUAUUCAGUCAAGGAGUGCCAUUCUUCUUUCGGAUCUUGCCAGUGUUGAUGAAAACCAAUCAAAAGUAAGUGAAGACAAUGGAAUUCCAGCUAUCAUUAAACUGUUUGAUGCGGAUCUUGAGGAUGUGUUAGUGGAGGCGGUUAAUUGUGUACGUGUUCUGUGCACACAACACACCACCAAUCAAACACUUGUCGCGCAGAAUGGUGGAAUUGACCCCUUGGUUGAAUUUCUUCAAGUGACAAAUUCAAAUAUUCUCCAAGCAGCAGCAGCGGCAGCCUUGGCUGCUUUGACAGCCAGUCACUAUGACAACCAAAACCUAGCUGUUAGCAAGGGUGUCGUGGAGCCUCUGGUAAAACUCGUGAAAUGCAGAAAUGUGACUGUCCAAGUGAAGGCUGCAGCAGCUCUUGAGUCCCUGGCACUGAACAAUUCCAACAGUCAGGCAGCCAUUUUGAAACUAAAUGCUCAAACUGCAUUGAUUAGGCUACUGAAGAUAUGGGCACUGGAUGUAAAGGAGCAGGCAGCAUGUACCUUGUGGGCUUUGGCUGGUCACACAACACCUCAACAGAGAAUGAUAGCAGAGUGCAUAGGUAUCAGUGGAAUUAUCGAUCUCAUUGUCAAGUCUGAAAAGCUCCAGUAUGUUGGUUGUAUGGCCAUGAUUGCUUUAACGAGAGCUAGCAUUGCUCAUCAGCUGAAAUUCAAGAAGGAAGAAGGAAUCCUUCCACUAGUACGCAUUCUGCGCUCAUCAAAGACUUCUGAACGAGUACUGCUGACGGUUAUUAGAGCGCUGGGGACACUUUGUAUUGGUGUUGCUCACUGCAAUAAUAAAGUCACACAAGCUAAAAUAGCGGAGGAACACACUAUACAGACACUUGUGCAACUACUGAGGGCAUCCCAUAAUGACAUGAUCAAGGUUGAGAUUGCUAUUACACUCGGAUACAUCAUCUUGGGCAACAAGGAAAAUGAAGCCUUGUUAAAGGAAGAGCCAGCAUUCAAUAUUCGUCUGUUACUACAACUACAAAUGUCAAAAGAUCAGGUGGUGUGCCUCAAAGCUGGGACAGCACUAUCAACAUUUGCAUUCAACAACACUAAUCAACAGUUAUGUAUUAGAAGUGCCGGCGGUAUUCACAUGGCGACCAUCCGGAGGUUUUUGGAUUCGCCCAAUGAGGUCUUUCAGUCUUAUGCUGCCUUUCAGAUUGUCGUAUUAGCAAGGGUGAUUGUAGAUGAAGACCAGGUGACCCUGUCAGCCCUUGGUGUCACAUCUCUCGUCAGAUUGUUAGCUUCAGAAGAUGAUAAUACCAAUAUCCUUGCAGGAAGUCUUCUUGCUAGCCUAGCGCAUACAAGAGCAGGAAUCACGGAUGCAAUGAUUACCUCUGGCGCGGUGGAUGUCCUCAUUGGUCACCUUCAUUCUGCCAACAUAGAAGUGCGGUCGGCUGUAGCCGUUGCCCUUGGCUAUCUGACAUUUAACCGCAAAGCUACUCGCAUUCUUCUGGUUGCUUGUCGCAAUCGACCAGGAUUAUUUGAGCAGUUGAUGAACAAUCUAGCGCCUGAUGGAAAGAUAUCUACUGAUUUCACGGAUGAAUUUAGAAUUGCAAAAACUGUUGGUCUUCCCGCAUUCAGUUUGGAAAUCCAUGGCGGUCCACCGGCUGUGCCACCACCAAGACCACGAACAGGUAAACUUGCAAGACCACAGACAACUAUGAGUUUGGUACAAAAGACAAGUAGGAGGAAGAUUAAUCCAAGGUCGGCAUCAGCACCUGCUCUAGGCCGCAAACAAACCAAUGGGAAAGCUGGCAAUCAACGGAGGAUGCCUGACUCAACCAGCAUUGAGAUCAUUGUUCCGCUCAAGGAUGAAAGGGCUAAAAAGGCAGGUGAUACAAAAGUGGUGAAAGCAAGGCCUGACUUGUGAUGGACUGUUCCAGUGAGUGCCCCUACCCCCCCCACGAUAUUACUGCUAAUGUCCCGCAGAAUGACAAUGUAAACGUACAUAAAAAUGUGCGUUUUGCGACAACAGGUGUGUGUUGAACCAGGGCCCAAGGUUAUGUAAAGAUUUCCAUGGUCUAGUGCUCACACAGUGGCUACCACCAGUUUAGCCAACUGAGUUAAGCUACUCUCUUUGUGGCAAUACAUCC